AUGUGCGCCUGGGUUGACUGUCCGGUCGAGACACGCCACCAGGAGGCUCUACAACGGCAUGGCAAGAUUCCACGUCUGAUGAAUUUAUUCAUGCUGUACCGGCUGGCGUACAGUGAUCGAGCAAGAUACUAGCUCGUCUAUAAUAAUUAUUAGGCCAUCUCCAUCCUCACCGGACGGAGCUGGAAGAUGGAACCCUCCUACAUCCGUAAGCAGUACAAGACACUCGUGGUGAUGGAGAAACAAAAGCAUACUAGAACGCAUCCAGAUUAUAAGUUCUCGCCGUCAAACAAGAAGAAAUGAUCGCGGACUGCAAGAGCCCGUUCUCAGAAAUUAAUAUUAUAUUUAGAAGUAUUUCCUAAAGUCAGCCGAAGUUCUCAGUCUCAUGCUUGGUCUAUUUCGUUGAAUAAUAACCGCGUCAGUGGAUUCUCCGUAGAAAUAUUUCCUGCAGAAGAGGAAACUUUUCUCAAAAGCAUUUUAUUAAAUCCAGAUAGUUUUGGACCAAUGCAAAGUGCCACUUCGGUGUGGUGGCAGGAGAUAAUCUAUUCUCAGAUAGCCUCUGCUGAGUAA